GAAUUGAGCGUUAAUGUUUGUGACAUGAGUUUAGAGUUGUGUUAGCUGUAAUUAAUAUUUUGCUGUAAUCUGGUGACAACGUCCUACAUACUUUAUUUCUCUGUAUUAGCGUUUGUUGUUGAGCUAGCUUAGUUUAAACGAGUGAAACUGAGGAGGACGAAAAGGGAGAUGAACAAGAAUACUUCUGCAUUUCUGCUCGCUGUGUCCUGCAAUGAUGUUUUUGCCCCAGAUAAUAAAACAGAUUCCAGUCCACUCUUGAAAGGCCAUGCUUUCACUGUCAUUAAGGCAGUGCAGGCAGUUAAUAAGAGACUAGUGGGCCUAAAUGAAAGUGAUACUUUGCUGUUUGAGGUGAUCCUGCUUGGAACUGAUUGUGAAGAACACAUCAAAACUAAGAUAGCUGACAGUGCAACACAUUAUGGUCUAGAAAUUGGCAAAUUUUGCUUUUGCUCCAGAGCAGACUUGGCAAAAACACUUCAAGCUAACCAUAUCAAGUUGUUCCUGUCGACGGACAGGGAAGAUGUUUAUAGUUCCCUGCAAGCAGGUAUUCCUGCUGCUUUUCUGUACAAGCAGACAGAUCAGCAGGUCCUGGAUCAGCUGAGGGUGCUUUUUUCAGGCGAUCUCAUUGGCCUGCCAGAAGAUUCCAUUAACUGUCUUAAGGAUUUGGGAUUUGAUGAUGUCCAGAUUCAGAACUUCAAUGCAUCAAAAGGCUUCAUGAGGGAAUUUGCAGUGCUCAUUGGGAAUAUGAGGAGAAGGUUUGGGCAUGAGGGCAGCCCUCUCCGUACCAGCCUCAUGACUGUGUGCGGCUCAAACGACGUGUGCGUCAGUGCUCUGAAAACGCUCAGAGACUGGGGUGUCGAGGUGGACGAGGCCUACUGCUUGGCAGGAGCUCCUGACAGCCCUAUCCUGUCUGUGCUUCAACCCCACAUACUGUGGGACAUAGGACUGCAGAAAGUAAAGGGAGUGGAUAGUCUCAUGAGGGUGAGCAGUCAGACGCUGAAGUGAGAGUUUUGCCUUUUGUGUGAGAACUCAGUUUAUUCUCUGUUAUGUGGUAAGUGCCAACUUUAUUGUCAGGUUAUAAUGAUAAAGAAUUUGUUUGUGAAAAAACACAGACCACAAUUUGAUGUUAAUUUGUUUUUAAUUUUGAAAUGCAGUGCAAUAAACCAAAAAACAACAAGCUUUAUAAACAAUAGAGAUCAUGUCCACAUGCAUGACUGUAACAUCUCUUAAAACACUCAUUAAUACUACAAAAAAUAAAGAAAUUGUAAAAACGGAUGAUGUUCACAACACUGGCAAAAUAAAAGCAGCUGUAUGCAUAUGUCACAAUGGCUGUGUCUGAAAUCCCAGUUUGUGUGGUUCACAAUUCUGUAAUGAAAAUUCAUUGUAAAUAAUGGAAUUAAAGUUCCAACAUUUGGGUCAAUGCUGAAUAGAAAAGGCAAAGUUAAUAAAUUUCUUAUUUUAAAAAUAAGAUGUGCAUUUUGUAUUUCAACUAAGCUACUUAAUAUAAUAUUCACAAGUUGAGGUGUUAUAAAAAUAAAUGCACUAGUGCACAAAAUGACACACUGACGUUUAUAGUCCGCAGACCAUAAAAUGGCACCUGUGCUAGAACGGUUUAUGCCUGUACAAAAGCUUUUAAAAUGGCAAUAUUUCAUAGUCCCAUUUCUAAUUCAGGGUUGGCUACUGAGUGAGCAUAAAAAUAUAGCCAAUGAGUAAAAAGGUGAUGUCAAACACAGCCAAUGAUUUCUUAACAUCUUAUUCACAUGUACACUGACUUGGUUGUCCCAAUAGAUUUGAUCAGUUAAUGCUUAAUUAAAACUUUAAGGCACUAGUAACAAAAAUAACAGUUGUAAAUUCAACUGGC